AUGAAAGUAACUACUUUUAAUAUUCACACAUUUCGUAUGAUCAUAGAAGAGUCUUAAAUAAUGGAAUUGGUUAUUCAAUUAGAGCAUUAGUUUAUGGAAUCAACUUUUAGUCCAAAAUUCUCAUUUUCUUUAAGAAAAUUCUAUAUUUCUUGUUAUCAAUCUUUGUUUCAGAUGCAAAUAAAUAUUCCUACUCUCUAGAAAUUAAGUAAUUAAAUUAGAAACUUCAGAGUUCUUUAUUGUAUUUUGAUUUUUUGA